AUGACCGAUGAUAGUUCUCGAUCGGUAACUUCAGUACACAUAUCAAAUAAAUCCAGGCCUCCAUCAGAACAAACUCCAAACACAAAAUCCUCAAAAAAGGAUGCCAUGCUUCCUGCACUCACUUCUAAUCCAAAUGUAUUGGUUUACAUACCAGAUAUACCAUUUAAUAUUCCCGCAAAUGACCUUGAAGAAAUGAUUCGAACUCGUGUGGAGACUACUCAGCGUUUAAAAAUUAGCGAUAUUAAAUGUUACGUAAAGCUUGGUGUGGCUGUAAUUCAAUUGAUGAAUGAAGCUGAUAAAGUGCAUCUCAUUUCUACAGUUCAGUCGAUGGUUCUUGAUCCAAAAACUAGCAUAAAUAUAACAUUUAACAAUGAGCUCGAUCUUGAUUCUUAUGUAGUACUCGAUCACAAUACGCCAACGAUUCCUUCUGCCGAUGAUAUUGCUCGCCGUUAUAUGCAAGUGUACAAGACACAAGAAAUUCGUCCGUGCAGAUCGAUAUCUAUUCAGUUUCCUAAUAUUUUCAACAUCUCAUUGACAACACUAGAUGAACUUGUUAAAGUAGCCGAUGCACAAGAUUUUAAAGUCGAAGAUACGUUCGCUACUGUAUAUGUACGUGCUGACUGUAGCUUUUUUGAAGAUUUACCACCAAAUACCAAUGAAAACAAGCUUAUAUCAGCCAUCGCUGCUCAAAUUGACGAAAAAGAAUUGCUACCCACAUUGUUUCACGUACAGUAUAAUAAAGAGACAGGUAAUGCAGUUGUUUUGGCAACAAAAUCUAACAAAAAGUGGAGCGCGGAAAGUUCCUUAAAAUUCGAUACGCGCAAUAUACCGAAAAAGACGAAACUUGCCUAUCGAGUUCUUGUUUCUCCUGUCCCUCAAGAUUUUGAUCUUAAUCUUAUUCUUAGUCAUACAUUAUUUGCACAUCGAACUGUAGCCCAUAAUCAUAUAAAUGAUCAUCUUAUUAUUGAACUUGAUGAUAUGAAAGACUACGAUCAAUGUAUUACUAUAGGAGCUCUUCGUAUAGGCAAAACUACUAUGAAUAUUACACCGCAUACUAUUGUGAGUGACACAGACAGUAGUGAAAUAAAUGAUGAAAACUGGUAUGAAACAGAGAUGCGCGAUAUGAAACCAGAUAUAAUGACAAUUAUAAAUGAUGAUCAACAUCCAAUAUUUCGUUACAAGUGGAAUGCAGAAAAUUGGCUGCAACAGAUGAAAAAGUUGAAAGUAAAAGGGGACCACUCAAGAAAAUAUGAUAUUGAUCAACAUUUGCUACGAGUGACAGUCAUGCUGAAUACCAUUGGAGUUCUUAGAAAGAAAAAAUAUACAGUAGACGGCCAAGACGUGAUACUUAAAUUAGAACGUAUGCAAACAAUCGGCUAUGGUAAUAAAGCAAAAUUAUCGUACGGAAAAACAAUAUCUGAAGCAGAAUUGUCGCCUCCAUACGAAUCCACGAGCGUCACUGUACUCAACGAAGACUGCCUUGUUCUUUAUGAGACAUUAGUCAAAGAGGGAUAUCGACCUUUAUUACUCAAUAUGGCCAAUGCUACCAGUCCUGGAGGUGGAUAUCGGAAAGGUGACGGCGCACAAGAAGAAAAUCUUUUUCGUCGUUCAGAUUAUUAUCAAAGUCUUGAUCUAGACGUAGCCGAUAAAGAUCGAUCAGAGCGACUGAUUUGCACAUCAAAGUGUGAAGUGAAACGGCAAACAGGCCAUACCGAGUUCUAUCCUAUGGAAGAAUUCGGAGCAAUCUAUACAUCUGGGAUAACUGUAUUUCGUCAAACAGAAGACAACGGUUAUGCUUAUAUGAAAAAUCCUUUAUACAAUGUUUGUGCCAUUGCUAUGGCUGCCUAUCGAGAUCCAGGAUUAACUGACAAGAAUAUGCUAGAAAACAAAAUGGCAACUAAAACGCACAAAAAAAUUGAAAAUGUAUUCUCAAUAGCUCAUCAUCAUCAACAUGAUUGUUUAGUAUUAUCAGCACUGGGUUGUGGUGCUUUCAAAAAUCCACCUGAACAUAUCGCUUUACUAUUUAAAUCAGUUAUUUAUCAGUAUGCUGGUUUUUUUAAGAAAAUUUAUUUUGCUAUUGUCGAUGAUCAUAACACAGGAAAUAGAACAAAUCCAAAUGGAAACUUUGGUCCAUUUAAAGAAAUACUCAACGAUUUGAUUGUACACCCACCAAAGACAAUUCGCAUCGAUGGAGCUAUUGGCCCACAUCGUAUUCUAAAGAAAUCAUCAGACGGAAAAAUAACUCUGAGCGAUGUGUGUAUUCAAUAUCUCCCACCAUGUCAAUAUGCUACUGAAUGCCAUGAUUUGAAAGAUUCUCAACAUAAUAACACGUUUUCUCAUCCACCUGUUUGUUUAUAUCAGGAAUCAGAUUUAUUAUGCAAUCAAAUCAAUGAUGCCGUUCAUAUGUUUACAUUUAUGCAUAAAAGCAAAUGUAAGCAUGGUGGUGAAUGUACUAGUAAAGAUCCACAACAUAUGACCGACUAUGAUCAUCCAGAAUUUUGUAAGAAUAAAUCUGACUGUAUAGAUAUGAGCUCUGAACAUUUAUAUGCUUAUCGACAUCUGCCUGUUUGUGAAAAUGGACUUAAUUGUUUGGAUUAUCUGAGAAGAGACGCUAAACAUAUGAAUUCUUUUCGACAUUGCAAAACUGUUUGUCCUUAUGAUAAUUGUUGUGUGAAUUUUCAUGAUAAAGAACAUAUGAAGAACAAAAUUCAUUCGUUUCUAGAGCCAUGUCCAUUUGCACCAUAUAAAUGCUCAAUUUUUGUUAGUUAUAUUCAAGUUGAUCCUACUAAAAUAACUCCUCCAGACGUAGAAAAUCAUUGCCUUAGAUACGCACAUGUUUGUCAAUUCGGUCGUUAUUGUAAAACAAAAACUGAACGACAUUAUGAAACAUGCAUUCAUAUAGCUCGCAAGCCUUGUCCCCAGGGUGAUCAAUGUUCAAAACUCACGGAUGAAGAUCACCUAGAAUCGUUUUCCCAUCGAGAUAUUCGGGAUAUUCGUCUGUUGUGUAAUCGUGCAGGUUUUGAAUGUCGAAAUCGAUACGAGCAACAACACUUAACAAAAUAUCGACAUGGAAGAAAUUUCAAUCACCUUAGUGUCGCUCCAUGUAGUAAUCUUAACACAUCUGUCAAUUUUUUUCACAAUCAAGGUCGAAUAAUUAAAGCUGUGAAUACUUAUAUCGACGCAGCGAACUGGGAAAAAGUAAAAAUAUCUCAGCAUAUGCUCAAUUGGAUAAAAGCUUUGCAACCUGUGCAUCGAUGUGCAAAACAUAUUUUUGAAUCAAUUCUCGUACAUGGUCAUGUGAUGAGUCGAGCAUAUAUGAACUUAUUAAAGCAACCGAAAUUCGUGACAAAAGCAGUACUACAGCAUAACCAAAUACGUUCCAUAUUUCUGCAACAUAAUAUUCCAGCAGUGAAAGAAAAUGUAAAAGAGCUUGUUAAACUAUUGGUCAAAGCUGAAUUUGCAAAAUCAGGAUCCACUGAAGUAUCUCCAUUGGAUGCUGAUCAAGAUUAUAAAACUAAUAAUAUUGAAAAGAAGUUGAAGCCACCACUUGAUGAACGUAACAUUCAAACUAUUCAUACGUGGGCAGUAAAAAUCGCUCAAGCAUCUAUUGAAUUAAUGAAACAUCCAAUGGGAAUUGGAUUUGACGUUGAUGAAAAGAUGGGAACAGAUAAACAUAUUUUUAGUAUUUUAGGACCACAUCUUGGCUAUUAUUAUGGUGAUAUUGUUAUUACAUUUAAACAGGAAAUAAUGUUUCAUCCUGAUGCUAAUUUUUCCAUCCAGGCUGGAACCAGUUUUCAUAGUGCACGAGUUUAUAAGCUCCGUCCAUGGUUGACACAACCAAAUAAUGAGGAUCAACGUAUUGAAGAUUUUCAUAAGGCAAAAUUACAUUGUUCGUAUCCUCGCUAUGAAUAUGCAGCAGCUACAGAGUUAGUUGCCUUCACUGGUAGAGAUAAAAAGUCGAUGAACAUGGAUAUUAAUGCAGUUCUUCAGCAAUGGACUGAAGUAGAUUCUCAUUUCGUGUUCGAAAGCCAUCUACCACAAUUGAUUCCAUUGGAUUAUAUUGAUAAAGUUUAUAUUCCCAAAAAUAUAUUUGAAUUGCUUACAAAUGAAGCCAAACAAUCAGCUAAAGAAACUUUCAAAAACUCAUUGAUCAUUGCUGAUUAUACUCUCGAUCUUAGUUUAACUAAAACAGGCGCUAUGCCGCAAUUAGAUGAAACUCGUAAGCCAUAUCUACAAUAUAUAAUCGGCCAAAUCAAUCAAAGGAUAGAAGAAAGAAUGGCAGCACCACAUAUUUCACGAGGUUUCGUUGUAACGGUUCCGGGAACAAGAUUCGAUGAUUAUAUUGUUGUGCCAAUGACAAUAUCUCAAUCCUAUGGACUAUACUGUCUCAAUAAAGCUCAACCAUUGAAUAAUCCCGAAUUCACCUAUAUCUAUUGGAAAGCCAUGAAUGGUGAUAUGAUGUUGCUAAUAGCUAAUGAAAUGAUCGAACUCGAUAGGAAAGAUCAACCAAAUCUUCAGUGUCUCAUCUGUUACGUUGCCGAGAAACCUUCGACAGCUACAGAUGACUAUCACGAAGAAUAUUCGUAUUUAAAUUCUGGUCGUCCAUAUCAACAUUAUAAUGAUGUUCACUUGGCUCAUUUUAAGGCUAAAUCAAAUUGUUUCUAUCGUGGCUGUAAUACCGAUGAUUUCUUUACGUUCUGCUUAAAAAUCACACACAAAACGGGCGAAAUUUCAUUGUCUCAUGCUGGUCCAAAUGGAAUAUAUAAUCAUGAAAAAAUUCAUUAUCAAUUCAAAAAAUCUGAGUUAGAUUUGUCGAGACUAAAUUACGUUCAUAUCAGCGCUGGAAACCAAGACGUCCCCGUACGCAAUUUGACGAUUAAUCAUGAGCCUAUGCUCGAGUUACAUUCAAAUUUUGAUAAAGAUUUUAAGAUAGACACAUCUGGAUUAAUAAGAAAGCGUCGAUCAUCAUUUCAUCAUACUAGUAGUGGUGCUACUGCUGUUAGAACUCAUGAUAAACGUAAAGACCAGACUGCUUCAAAACAAAAUAUUAAACCAGCAAUAUAUACAACUGACCAGUCUAUGGCAAUAGAAAACCCGUCUUUUUUCAGAAGGAUAGCGUUAGCCUUAGGUUGUUCGUCUGGCAAUGUCAUUGUACCGUCAUCCAACUCACCAGGAUCAGAUCCGUCAACAGGCCAUGAUUCGAGAUCCGACGCAUCUCAACUAAAGUCGCAAAAUCGAUCCAAUCAUCCACAAUCGAAAUUGUUCCCUUGCAUUGAUUCUAUCUAUUGUCUGAAUCAAUACUCUAAAGAUCACAUGGAAAAAUAUUCGCAUCCUUGUCGUUUCAAUGAAAUAUGUCGAAAUCAGAAUACUGAACCACAUCUUGUUCAUGAGCGACAUGAUGUGCCUAUGUGUUCAGAUGAUAGAGAUUGUGUCGAACGAACAGAUCCCGUACAUCGUGCACGAUAUCGUCAUACAAAUUUACCUGAUUAUUUAAUACCGUGCCGGAAUCAAGCUAGUUGUCGUGAUACAUCUGAUGAUCACCGAAAAAAAUAUUUCCACGGCGAAGAAUUACCUUCCAAAAAGAAAAACAACACAUCAACAACUUUGCAAGGUAGAGGUCCACCAAGAGCUCGUUUAUUUCCGUGUAAAUACGGCGAUCAAUGUCGAUCCAAGAAAGAUCCGCAACACAUGGCAAAAUAUUCACAUCCUUGA